UACGGUCAAAGACUCCGACGCACCCGAACGUCCUCUUUUCUUACAUCACUUGAUUAGUGCAUUAUUAUUAACAAUUCAACCGUGUGUGAUUUUCUAUAGGGACUCGAUUCGGCACUGGUGAGGGCAGCGUUGAAUUGAUUCGCAAUGGCUAGCACUCCUGAUGGUUUCGAUCAUGGGCGGGCCACCAAAGCGGUUAUCGAGGCCAUAAGGAAUAGGCACAGGGCAAGUGGACUGUCUUCAACGCCGGACAAAGCAUCGUCUGGUUCGCGUGCCGAUUUCCAGCGGACUCGUUACGCCGCAAACGAGGAAGAUCGAAUUUACAAGACCUACAGUGCGGGAACCGCUGCGGCGAGUGUACAUUACGAAGGCAACGAACUGCGGAUCAUCGAAGGUUCCGACGACGAGUCGGAGCAGCCGCCGCAGGAAAGCGUCAAGGGGCUGUCGGUCAAGGUUGUGAGUCUCAAACCACAUGCUUCUAGAACGGCCAGCUACAAGAAAACGGCAGGUCGUGGCAAGAUCUUGAGCGGCCACGUCCGUCCUCGGUCGGUUGGCAACAGCCAAGAUUUGGCGGGAAAGUCAAACGAAGAAGAAGCCAUUCAAAUUGCGCGAAUGAAGGAAGAUCGAGUGACGACUAGGAGCUCACAGGGCAAGUCAAAACAAGAUGUCGAUCAAUGACAUUAACUGUACUGGUAACUUCGUUGCUGUAAAAAUGAUGGAGGCCCUCAACCCGGUCUGACUUAACAAAAUACUAAAACGACAAAUUACAUUGUUAGGCCGGUACUGAGCGCCAAUCGCAAAAUGAUUUCUUUGCAAUAAUAUGUACGCAUUACGUAGCGAUGCACAAAGUAUACCAUACAUAGGGUGUGCAUAUCUGUAUUGAUGUACUACACUAAAGCGUGUUUUGAAUUCAUGGUUAGUAUAGUAUAAUACAA